AAACACCUAGAAAUUAAAUAUUAGAGCUGAAAUAAAGUUAACCAAUAUUAAAAGCAGAACAAACUGCCUGAGUACCGUCUCCAUCUCUACAAUCUGUGGAGGUCUCGUGCCAUCCCUAGAAACAUAGCGCCCUGGGCGUUUGCCCUUACUGUUUAUGUCAGAAACCAUCUGGGCCAGCAGAGAACCAUGGGCCCUCCAGCGGGUCCCGGGUCUCCCUCAGGCUCCUCCCAGUGGGCCGGACGCCUCGGAUCGGAGCUGAACAGGCUGAGGACAGAAACGUCUGAGGCUGUUACCCCGAUAUCACCACGAUACACGAGACAGUAAAUAUUGGCCGAUAUCCUCCAUAGAAAACAUUGUUUUAUACAUAUUUAUCUGAACCGUCUCAGAAUAUUCUGUACUAUAUUACGGCUGAUCUAAAUCCUUCAUCUUCCAGAUAACUAGAAAUAUUUAUCUGGAAUAUCCUGCAUAGAUACCAGCUGCAGCAGUUGAAGCAGCAGCAGAAACACCAGCAGCAGCAGGUCGUUUCCUCCUUAAACACGUCUGAGCUUGAUGAACGUUUCCCGUCUGCUGCUGAGCCUCCACUCAUCUGCACAGAGGAAGUUUGUUCCUCCUGAUAAUGCAGAGCAACAACCGCAGCAACAUGGAGGAGCUCAGCAGGAGACGGGAGCCUUAUCUCCCUUCCUGCUGCAGCAGCAGCUGCCCGUCAAACCGCCUCUCAGAAACCAGACGGCUGGAGCUUCUCCUCCUGCGGCUCCUUCGCUUCUCCUCAGAGCCACUGAGCCUCAGUCAGCAUGCAGCUCUUCCUCCUCCUCCUCUUCCUCCUGCUGCAUGGAGCCAUGGCCGCCUCGGUGCCUGGCUGCCUCAGCGACAGGGACAAGGACCACCGGCCGAGGGAGAACUGCAGCGGCGCCGGGUUCAGCCACGUACCAGCAGGACUGGACCAGCAGACGCAGGUCUUGUUGUUUCCAUCCAACCUGUUCUCCAGCCUGUCCUGGACCUCCUUCCAGGUGUUUCCAGACCUGUAUGAGCUGGACCUCACAGCCAAUCAGGUCUGUGCUGCUGGUCAAUGUAGUUAAGAUGUGUGUGUGUGGCCCUCCAGGUGAAUGUGGCUUAUUAAGGCUGG